AACAUGUCCUUGGUGCCCGUGGAGGUUGUUGGGCGGUGCUGCUAAUGAGAAAUGGAAUCGUAGAAGGAGUAGGAAAGAGUGGGAGAUACAUCUUGAUCUGGCUACACUGUGAGGAAUCCUAUAAAAGAUGAAGACGGACAUUAUUGAUCCAUGGUGUGGAAUAGAAACUCCAGAGAUCAAUGACAAUAAAUGCGUUGAUCAUUUUGAAGAUUCCUUUGUGGAGUGUCAGUCAGAGCACUUAAAAUUAGCCGAUUCGGAGGAGUAUUUGAAGAAACUUUAUACUAAACUUAGGAACCUUCAGAAAGGAACAUCAAAGAAAGAUUUGAUAACAUCAUUAGUAGAAGUAAAAGAAGAUUGUAUUGCUCGUUUAAUAACAUCUGGUUAUAAACUUGAAUUAGAAGAGGAAACUGAGUUAACUUCAAAUCCUUUGAUAAGACACAUAGCACCUCAUUUACAAGCCUUAACUACCAGUGAAUCAACUCAUCUUUUAAAAGCAGACAUUCUUCAAGUAAUCACAGAAAACGAACAAGAGAAAGAAAUAGAAAAAGCAUUUACAAAUAAAUAAAAUCUAGUUGUCAGAUUAAAAGUUCAUAGUAAGAAUUUAUUUUCUUAAUCAAAUAUGCCGAAAAAAUCAUUAUCCGGAAAAGUAUUCCUAUUAAUAACCGGCGCAAGCCGUGGAAUUGGGAGACAAAUUGCAAUAUCAUUUGGUUCGAUGC